GCAAAUAGUUCCCGGCAGACAUCCUGGGACCCUCCACAGUACCAACCAUUCGGAAGAGGGGGGGCCAUAAAUGGAGGCGCAAUAGAUAGAAGGCUAGUACAGCGACCGCUGAUAGUUCCAUAUGGUGUUAGGAACCGGUUCCAUCACCAGGGUCAUUUGCAAUGGGGCCCAAUGUCGCGUCGUCCCUCGAAGCUCCAGCCUAGUGCGUAUGCAACAAGUGUGACCGGAAGUGAACCGACUCCAAGCGAUGCACCGUACUCCGUUAUAGAGCGCGAGACAAAUAGCGGUGCUUCGCAGAAGGGAGUUGGUGUCCAUGAUUCACCCUGAUAAGACCUCGUGUAGUAGAGGUUCUCGAUUGGCGACGAUCCGCCGCAGUGCAAAUUUGCGUUAGUUGGAAGUGAAGCGGCACGGCGUGAACCACGCUCGUACAAACAGCGUGCAGCCCCAAGCGGUGUGUGCUCCAAAACAAACCUGCUUUCGCUUUCGUUUUCGUUUCGAGUGUCGCGAUAAGAAGACCCACGAGAAGACCACAGAAGGGGGCCUUAAGAAAUGGUGGCAUCUGGAACGAUUUGUAUGUAAAUUUGUGCGUUAGACAUGUCGUCCAAACCGGUAACAACCAGCAAACCAUCGGCCAGUGUAGUGCCAACUCGAGGCAUGGCCAGGAAAGUGUUCGAAGGUGGACGAUCCUCUUCAGCUUCAGCCAGGUUUAUACCAGUUUCAUUCAACAACGAUGAGCCACACUACGAGACAUCAACUGGUCAUCAGAAUUUUUACGAUCUACGCACGGUUUGCCUCGAUCGAAAGACACUUUUUGAAGAUCCAGACUUUCCACCAACAGACCAAUCGAUCGGCAUCCCAUCGAUCAAGAACGUUAGCUGGAAGCGACCAAAUGAGAUCAAAUCGAGCGCCCGUUUCUUCGUAGACGGUGCCUCACGAUUCGACAUAUGCCAGGGUUCACUGAACGACUGCUGGCUGCUGACGGCGGCCGCAAAUCUCACCACUUAUCCGUGGCUCUUCAAAAGGGUUAUACCGGAAGAUAAUAGCUUCGCUGAUGAGCAUUAUGCUGGAUUGUUCCAUUUUCGCUUCUGGGAGUUUGGCCGUUGGGUGGAGGUAGUGAUCGACGAUCGACUACCGAUCGAUGGUACCACUGGACAGUUGAUCUUCAGUCGCUCCUCGAAACCGAACGAGUUUUGGAGUGCACUGUUGGAGAAGGCGUACGCCAAGUUUUACGGUUCGUACGGGGCGCUGGAUGGUGGAACGGCCCGUGAAGCGAUGCAGGAUCUUACCGGUGGGCUGACGGAGUUCUAUCAACCGAAAAAGUUGCUGGCAGCGCACCAGGAGGAUCAGCUGUGGGAGAUUCUGCGCAGUGGCUCGGAGGCUGUCUCACUGUUUGCCUGCAAUUUGAAGAGUGAUCCCACGGGUGAAAAUGUGGCCACGAAGGAGGGACUGUUGCGAGGACAUUCCUAUUCCAUCACCAAACUGCACGAGGUAGUCGGUCUGUACAGUGACAACGAUCGCGUACGCUUACUCCGUGUCCGCAAUCCAUGGGGUACGGGCAUCGAGUGGAACGGACGGUGGAGUGACAAGUCCCGGGAGUGGAAAACACUGAACAGUGCGGAACGUAAGGGCAUUGGAUUGACGCUCGAAAAUGAUGGCGAGUUUUGGAUCGAGUUGAGUGAUUUUAUGAAACACUUUGAUCGGCUGGAGGUUUGCCAUCUGUCACCGGAUCAGCACAGUACGGAGGAAUCAAACGUAACGCCCAGUGCAGAGCAGUGGAAACUGCAUGCAUUGGAUGGCCAAUGGAUUCGUGAUACAACCGCCGGUGGUAAUGUAGCCAAUCUCGAUACCUUUCCCCUGAACCCACAGUACACGAUCCAUGUGCAGGAUAUGUGCGGAAAAUCGUCGGUAGUGAUCGCACUGAUGCAGAAACAUCGUCGCACAGAAGCGUUGGAUAGUUUAACGAUCGGAUUCAUCGUCUAUCGAGUGACACGAGAGGAUCUACGGAUGAAACCCGUACCGAAGGAGUUCUUUCAGCAGCACGAUCACGCGAUCGUUGGUGGUUCGAUCUUUAUAAACGCACGCGAGGUAAGCUGUCGCCUUUUGCUCGAUGUUGGGCUGUACUUGGUGGUACCGUCAACGUUUGCACCCCGUGAAGAGGGUGACUUUUUGCUGCGCAUCUUCACCGCACGCUGCAACACGUUGAGUGAUAACGAUGCGAUCCUGUGCUUCGGUACUAUCGAUGAUCGUAUCACCGAGCAGAGCCAACUGUUCGAUACGCCCCGGUGGGCGAUUCUAGCGAGCUCGUUCUACAAUCAGGCCGAUAAAAACCAACAAAUCGAUCAGCGUGUGCUGCAGCAAAUUCUUCAGAAGCAUUUCUUUUCUUCGGGGCGCGAACUCGACCCAUCGUUGCAUCGACCGGAAAGUGCAAAAGGGCGCACAGGGUAUCUUCGCACACGGUGGCCAAAGAUGGUUGCCUGUUUGAUGCAGCUUUGUAGUUGCUUUUGGUUAACACCCAGACCACCCAGACACGAUGUGCCAUACGGUGCGACGGCUGCAGAUGACGAGUCACAGCUGCUGGAGCUGGACCGGAUUGCGGAGCUACUCGUCAGUCGUACCGUGGGCGAUGGUGAACGACGGCUCGGCUAUGAACAGUUCCGUACGAUUGCACGUGACGUUUAUCAGUGGGAGACCGCAUUUCGCCUCUACGAUACCGAUGGUAGUGGAACGCUGGAUCGAAGGGAAUUGCGCCGAGCACUGCAAUCGUCCGGUUUCAACAUUAACAAUCGCGUCCUGUGCAAGUUGCUGCGUAUGGUUGUGGUACUGCAACGAACACAAAUCAAGCUGAUUGACUUUGUGCUUUGUGCGGUCGAGUGUCGCUACACGAUAGAUAUGAAUCAUCGUGAAGACCCGUAAGGCUGUGUGCGCGGUUCCAAGGCGGUGUACUGUAACACUCGUUGUCGAUUAUAUUACUUUAAUAAAGAGUUAGGCUGUUAACAUCGCAUGAUUUGAUCAUUAAA